AUGUUGGUAGACGGCCAAGCCAAUGCCGUUUCAGUCGCUAUGGAGCGUUGGAACGUAGAGCAUCGUGUGUUCGUUGUAGAGCAGUAUUUUAGAAACAAUGAUCCCGUAGUCAAAGUUCAACGUCUUUUUCGUCGAAAUUUUGGAAUUGGGCGUCGAGGUGCAGUGCCUGAUCGAAAUACUGUACACCGAUGGGUUGCAGGGUUUAGAAGAACUGGAUCAGUGAUGAAAAAAAAACCACCUGGUACUCCCCAUUCAGUUCAAAUUCCUGAAAAUGUAGACCGAGUAAGAGCGGCAUUUUUUGUUAGUCCAAGACGAUCGGCCAGACGACAUGCUGUAACACUGGGUAUAGUCUCGUCGUUCGCUUCAUCGCAUCUUACGUAA